AUGGUCAAUGUCAUCGGCAUCCUCGGAGCCGUCGCAAGCGUCUUCACCAUCCUCGACAGCGCCUUCAACAAUGUGCCCAAAGGCCGCAACUCCCUGGUCUCCGUCCGUGCAGCCCUCGACGAAAAAGAUGGAAGCGGUACGAUGAGAGGCAAGAUCGGUUGGAUCCGGACCUGGAACAACAACCAAGACAAACUGGGUGAGGAGUCUAAUCGGAAGAUUGGAACUGGGGGCCUCAUAGAGGUGCAGGUCUCUCAGAAGAGCGGCCAGCAGGCCACUUACGUCUCACUUCAUGCCACUAACGAUGCCGUUAUGUUGCUAUUAUCUGGGUUGGAGGCGAGAGAUAUGCCUGGCCGGGUCGAUAACGGAAAGCACCAACCUACCUGCACCUGGAUCGACGGCGACGGUACCAACGGACUCUUUGCCAAGUCUUUCAGCAUUCACUUCCCAACCUUCGCCCACGAGCCCAUGGGGAAGUGCUUGUAA